AUUCGGUGUUCUUUCGAGAUGGUCGGAAGGGUCGAACGGCAGUUACGCUGAACUAUUUCCUUCAUAUUAACGGCUUUCGUGGUGAUAGCGCAUAAUUAAUUGCUGCAAAGAACUGUAGCUUAAUCAGCAUACAAGUGUAAUACACAAGUUACAGAAACCUAAGACGAGUAUUGACAUGGAAUUACCAAAAUUGUUAUUACAUAUCGGUUUAAUAUUGGCCACAGUCACGGACUUGUGUGUCGCUGAUGAUCCAAGACAUAUACAUCGUUUACCCACCAACUCAAGACCAAUUGAUUAUCACAUCAAGCUGACUAUUCCGGAUCUCGAAAAAAGCAAUACUUAUCACGGUGAAACCAAAAUCACUAUGCGCAUUGAGCGCAAAUCGUUUAACAUAAGCUUGCACUCGCAAGGAUUAGAAAUAAAUGAAACGGCCACAACAUUGAGGAACGGCACAAUAACAUAUAAACCGACGAUCAAACAUAUUUAUGACCAUAAAACGAAUAUAUUAUCGCUACAUUUCGAAAAGCAAUUGUAUUACGGUUCUUAUACCCUGAACAUGAAGUUUGCUGGUAAUUUCUCUCAGACUGGUUUUGGCAAUGGUGGUUUUAUAAAAAUUCCGUACACAGAUGAGGAUGAAUACAAAACAUAUAACAGGACGUUGGCCGCAACAUACCUCUUGCCGAAUAAAGCCAGACGAAUGUUUCCAUGUUGGGACGAGCCAGCGAUAAAAGCUUAUUUCAUGAUCUCCGUGAUGCAUCAUCAGAAAUACACGGUAUUAUCAAAUUGGCCGAUCGAAGAGCAGUACAACGUAGAAAAUAACAUGAAAUGGACACAUUUUGACCGCACUCACCCAGUGUCCGCUUAUCUCGUGGGAAUUGUGAUUGUAUCAGAUUUUGUUCCCGUUAAUAACGCGGACCAGUCCGUUAAUGUGUGGUGCAGAUCGUCUUUGAAAUCGUCAGCAAUAAUCGUGCAAGCCAUUGCCGAAAAAGUCACGAAGUUCUUGGAAAAGUAUACCGAUAGAACCAAAGGGGUACCGAAAAUAGAUCACGUCAUAGUACCAGAUUAUCCCACCGCCUCCAUGGGAGAUUGGGGAAUCAUCAUUUACCAAGAAUCAAAAGUUGCCUACGAUGGUGGUAGCAAGGAUCCUACAUUUCAGGGAAGGAAUGUAGCUUUUUAUGUAGCAUAUGAAAUCGCACAUCAGUGGUUCGGCAAUAUCAUCACCCCAUCAUGGUGGACUGACAUGUGGUUAAAUGAGGGAUUUGCUGUGUAUUUCCAGGCGUAUUUCCUCGAUAAGAUGAAAAUUGCAUUUGAUCCUUUUCGGUCAAUGGACUUAUUCGUUACUGGGGCCAUGCACCAUGCUCUCCAUCUAGAUGAUGGCUUAUUGGGUUCUGUUACAUUGAACCUUUAUGAUAACGAUACCUUGGAUAACCAACUCUUUGUUGAUCAAGUUCUUGAAAAAGCUCCAGCUAUAUUGCGCAUGUUACAUCAUGCAGUGGGCGACGAGGUAUUUCGAAAUGGUAUCACCAAGUAUUUCGCUACAAACGAAUUUAUGGCGGUCAUUCCCGAUGAUUUCUGGAGCGCCAUACAAAGUGCUAAAGACGAAGCUUCUUACGUCCCUUCUAUGCGAGAUCAAAAAUUCAGAAUAAAAGAUGUGAUGGAUACGUGGAUAGUCCAAAAUCGUUAUCCUGUGCUGAAUGUAACGAUGAAUUACCACACUGGUGAACUAACAAUAACACAAAAAUGUUUCCACGCAACUGAAGAUAUCAAUAAUAAAUGGUGGAUACCCAUAUCCUACACUGACGAGAACUUUCCGGAUUUUUCCAAUACUUCGCCUAUUAGUUGGUUAAAGCCAGAUGACGAAAUUCUUAGAGUGCAAAUUGAUCCAUUAGUUGCGAUUGGGCACGGCUGGAUUAUCGUCAAUCUACAACAAACUGUGUACUGUCGUGUCUAUUACGAUACCAGAAUUUACGAAAGAAUCAUAGUUUACUUGGCCUCUCAAGAACACACGAAAAUACACGUUCUCAAUCGUGCUCAAAUUAUCGAUGAUGCAUAUGCCUUUUUGCUCAAAGAUCAACUAGAUAGCUAUAUAUUCAUAGAUCUUAUAACUUACUACAAAUUGGAGAGAGAUUAUGUAGCAUGGCGUCCAAUGUUCCAAAUAUUAAGAUGGAAUCAGAAGUACUUUUCACUGCCAGAGAGUAAAGGUUUCAAGUUAUACAUGGUAGAAAUCUUUGAUGGGGUUCUUCAACAUGUGGGAUACGAAGAAAAUGUUUAUGAUUACGAUUUCACUAAGUUACUAAGACUAGAUGCCACGAAAUGGGCAUGUACCGUCGGUCACGCGGAAUGCAAGAGAACUGCCGCCGUUAAAUUAAGCGAACAUUUGGCGGAUCCUGAUACUCACAAGAUUUCAUACUGGUGGCAAGAUUGGACGUACUGCUUUGGUUUGGCGGUAGCUAAUAAGACUACUUGGGAUAAAAUGAUGGAACUAUAUCAACGAACAUCUAAUAACAAACUUUUGAAAAACUUGAAUUGUGCUGAAGAUCCUGAUAUCAUUAUCAACUAUUUGAAUAUUACAGCAUCGAAUACUACAUUAUUUAAGGACCAUGUAUUUAUCUUCAAUUUAAUUCUUGAAAACCAUGCACGCAACGAUUUGGUCCUUGACUACAUAUUAGCAAAUUUUAAUCAUGUAAAACCCAGAUCACUUGCUGCAACACAAACGAUAUUUAAUAUAUCUCAGAAUGUUUAUUCUAACGAACAAUUGUCCAAGGUGAACACAUUUGCGGGAAAAUAUUUCCAUCGAGAUCGAGACGCUUUGGCACGAAUUAGAUUUCUGAUAGAAAAGCGUAGAAAUAUACUUAAAGCGUCCGUUGAUAUUUUUACAAAGCGAUUUGGAAAAAGUCAAACUUUAAUUGAUCAAUUACACAAAUUAGAUUAUGAUGAAGAAGACGUCAAUAGUGGAUUGAUCAAUCAAGACGUUGCGUCUGUUACAAUCACGAUGGAUCAAGACCUAUCUGCAUAA